ACAAGGAAAGCAAAGCAAAGGCAAAAUAUGUUAGCUGAAAUAAAAAUAAAAUUCUAUUAAAAUUUUGAGUUAUGAUAAUGAUCAUUAGCCAUCCAGUCACCUUUCCAACCUAUGAAGGAUGUCGAGUACUUCUCCUCAGAAUCUAGUGAAGGUGAAGAAAUUAGUCUCAAGCCCAGUCAUGUGCCUACUUCAAAGUUAAGAUGGGUUGACUGUCCUUCUUCACCACCUGAGUCCCUCCUACCUACCUUGGUUAUUGAAGCGACAUCUGGUGACCAAGAUACUCUCCUCAAGGCUGUGGAAGGCUUAAGGAAAGCCGUGGCUGAAAAGGAUGCCCAAAUCAAGGAACUCCAGGAACUUUUGGCAACUCAACACUUGACUUCAGAUCGGGGUAAGCAAGUUGCUAUGGAGGAAAGCUUGGAGCAACAAAAGCAAGAGCAACUAGAUCAAACAAUUCUCCAAAAUGCUUUCCAUGACACUACUCAUGCUACUGUGGCAUCUUUUACAUUCCCAGAGCUUAAACUUUUAGUUGAUGAUGUCAUUCGAACUUGGCAAGGUGGGACCUCACACUCCUCACUUAUGUAUGCCAAGCCUUAUACUCACAAGAUUGAUAAUCUAAGCCUACCAGAUGGCUAUCAGCCACCAAAAUUUCAAAAGUUCAAUGGGAAGGGCAACCUAAGACAACACAUCGCCCAUUUUGUUGAAACAUGCAACAAUGCUGGCACCUACAAGGACUUCAUGCUAGAACGGGAAUUCUUGACACGUUUUUACAAUACCAAGCGUACUGUUAGCCUACCUAAGCUUGCUAACACUAAGCAAAAGAAAGAUGAGUCUGUGACAAACUUCAUUGAAAGAUGGAGGAAUCUCGUCCUAAAUUGUCGAGAAAAGAUUAGUGAGAUUUCUUUUAUUUAUAUGUGUGUGCACUGGGGACUGCUGUAUAACCUUCAAGCUAACAUGCCACAUAUCUUUAAAAAGUUGGCCACUCGUGCCCAUGACUUGGAAAUUCAAAUUGCUAGACAUGGUAACUUUCUUCUAACAAACACUCGUGAUAAAAAAGAGUCUCGAAAGGAUGUGAAAAAGAAGGUGAAGCCUUCAAAAGCAAAAGAAACUAUGGCAGUCACAACAGUACUUGGGAAGAUCUCACAACAAAAGCCAAAGCCAAAGCCAAAUCCCAAACAAGACUUUGAAGUGCUGGCUAUCUUUAAGCAAUUGUUGGCACUCAACCUAAUUGAACUUCCAACUCCUAAGUGCCCAAAGGAAGUCGGGAGAGUGAAUGAUUCGAAAUACUGUAAGUAUCACCGAAUUUCGAGCUCCACUCCUGCCUAUGCAACCAACCCACUGAUGGCUCAACCUAAGGUGUUUGGUCUCCACUUGCCUAAGGAGGCAAUUCAAGUUAAAUUUCAAACAAAUGAUGAAGAGAAGAUAGCCUAUGCUUAUUCUAGCAUGCCUACUUUCGGAGACAUGGCAACCUCAGCUUUGUUCCAUGUCAUUGAGGCUAAAACAUCAUAUGAGCUUCUUUUGGGACGAACAUUAAUUCAUGAAAAUGGGGAAGUUCUGUUAACUUGGCAUCAAUGUUUUAAAUAUCAUUCUAAUGGCAAAACAAAAUGUGUUAUGGCUGAGAAAGAUCCUUUCACUAAAGAAGAGUCUCAUUUUUCUGAUGCUAACUUUUAUGAAAAGGAAGACGAUGAUUCUGAAGCUUUUCCUAUCAAGAUGCCACAAAUAAAGCAAAAGAAUGAUGGAAAAAUCAUUGUUCACCCCAUAAAAGAUCCAUCUUCAAGUUCUAAAGUUCAUCUUUCAAUAGAGGAUGUGAAGGUGCUCAAAGAAGAUCUUGUGCUUCCAUUGUCCACACUCUCUAAACUGGGUAUUUCUAACCCAGUUAUAAAAGAGGUAGUUGAAAUAGUCAUAGAACAUGAAAAGAAACCUCAAGGAUGGUUUGAUCCACGUCCUCAAAUGUUGCUAAAAAAGAUUGGUUUCAAAGAAAGAGAAUCUCAACAACUUGGGGAUUUGAACUCUAUCCUCAUAGGGCCUGUUCCCUCCCCACUGACAAUCCAAGAGAAUCUUUCUCAAAAGCCUUUAGUCUUUUAUAGACUUGGUGCUAAGCAGCAAAAUAGCAAGAAAGUAUCUAAGAGUCAGAAAGUUCAAAAGAACAAGAAUAAGUAUGUGCAAAGAAAGGAGUUUCAAUGGAGGCGUAAAGACAUCUUUGAUGGGCAAGAGAUCUCAAAGCUUUUUGCUGAGGUGAAGGUAGCAGAAUCAAACCAUGUCUCAAUUGAGAAAAUUUUUUACUCUGAUGAUUAUUUAGAUGAAGAACCAAAUCCAGCCCCAGAAGCCUUUAAGGGGGGAAGACAAGCUACCAUUGAUGAGUUAAAGCAACAUAACCUAGAUACAAAAGAUGAUCUAAGGCCUAUUUUUCUCAAUGUAUCGUUGAGUUCAGAAGAAGAGGCAAGAUAUGUGCAAUUGCUCACCAAGUACAAGGAUGUGUUUGCAUGGUCUUACAAAGAGAUGCUAGGCUUAGACCCUAAGGUAGCUAUUCACCGUCUAGCCAUGACGCAUGGGGUACGCCCAAUGAAACAGUCUCAACGACAUUUCCGUCCAAAGCUUAUCCCUCAAAUUGAAGCUGAGGCAAUAAAAGUACAAGCCUUAGCUAAUUUUCUUGCAGAUCAUCCAAUUCCAGCUGAAUGGGAGUUGUUAGAAGGUCUUCCAGAUGAGGAAGUGUUCUUCAUAGAUGUAUGGCCAUCAUGGAAGCUCUACUUUGAUGGAGCCUCAAGAAGAGAUGGUGCUAGGGCUGGCGUAGUCUUGGAGAUGGCUCUUGAAAUGCAAAUUUACCAACUCAAUGUUUAUGGGGACUCAAGCUUGGUAGUGAAUCAACUCAUAAAGGAGUUUGAUGUUCUGAGUGAUCUUGGGGGUGUGUUGAUUCCUUCAAGAGUGAUCUGUAGAGAGGAUCUUUGGGGUUUACAUUGUAAAGGGCAAUCUUUUGAUGGAGUUCUCCUUAGAUGUUUGGAUGGAGAUAAAUCAUCCAAAGUGAUUGAGGAGGCGCAUUCCAGAAUUUGUGGAACUCAUCAGUCUGGCCCAAAGCUUCACUACCGAAUAAGAAGAAUGGGAUAUUAUUGGCCAACAAUGCCACCGGAGCCUUUACAUCCAACAAUAGCAUCAUGGCCUUUUGAUGCUUGGGGUUUAGAUGUGAUUGGACCCAUAACACUAAAAUCCUCAGCUAGGCAUGCAUAUAUCCUAGCAGCAACUGAUUACUUUUCGAAAUGGGUGAAGACUGUACCUUUGAGAGAAGUCAAGAAGGAAAAUGUUGUAGACUUCAUUCGAGUCAAUAUCAUCUACCGAUAUGGUGUUCCAAGGUACAUAAUUACAAAUAAUGGCAAGCCUUUUAGUAACAGUCUCAUAGACAAGCUAUGUGCAAGAUUCAAGUUUGCCCAGCAUUUUUCCUCCAUGUAUAAUGCUGCUGCAAAUGGACUGGCAGAAUCUUUUAAUAAAACCCUUUGCAAUCUCCUUAAUGAGGUUGUUUCAAAGUCUAAGUGGGAUUGGCAUGAAAGAACUGCUGUUCUCUUUUUGGAAUGCCAAAUUCCAUCUCUCAAGAUUGCCAUUCAAGAAGGUCUUACUGAUGAACAAAAUGUCAAGCUCCAUCUCCAAGAACUGGAAGCCUUAGAUGAGAAAAGACUAGAGACCCAGCAACACUUAGAGUGUUACCAAGCUAGAUUGUCUAGGGCAUUCAACAAGAAGGUCCGACUAAGGGCAUUUCAAGUUGGACAUGUGGUGUUAGCUGUUUGAAGGCCAAUUGUUAUCACUUGCCAUUCAGGGGGCAAGUUCACUUCAAAAUGGGAUGGUCCUUAUGUUGUAAUAGAAGUUUACAAUAAUG